AUGCUUCUCCAUUUCCCCCAUCCUCUCUUGCUCAUUCUCUCCUUUUUCAUCCUUUUCUGCAUAGCACUGCUUCAACUCCGGCACCGAAAUAGCCCAACUCACCACGGCCCUCCGACCUACCCUCUCAUCGGUUGCCUCAUCUCCUUCUACGCCAACCGUAACCGUCUCCUCCAUUGGUACACUCACCUCCUCUCGCACUCUCCCACCAACACCAUCCACGUACACCGCUUAGGUGCACCGAGGACCAUUAUCACUGCUAACCCACAUAACGUUGAGUACAUCCUCAAAACCAACUUCCUUAACUUCCCAAAAGGCAAGCCCUUCACCGACAUCCUCGGUGACUUUCUCGGACACGGAAUAUUCAACGUGGACGGCGAUCUUUGGCGGACCCAACGUAAACUAGCCGCCCAUGAGUUCACUGGAAGGUCACUGAGGACAUUUGUGAUCCACACGUUGGAGGAGGAGGCGCGUGAGAGGCUUCUUCCGGUGAUGGAGGCUUUGUGUGUGAAGGAACAAGCGGUGGACUUGCAGGAGUUGCUGGCUAGAUUCUCCUUCAAUGUGAUUUGUAAAAUCACGUUAGGGGUUCAAGUUUGUUGCCUGGAUCCUUCUGUACCUGUUUCACCUCUCGUCAAAGCUUUCGACGUCGCCUCGGAGAUAUCUGCCCGACGAGGAGCGGCGCCUUUGUUUGUGAUAUGGAAGGUGAAGAGAUGGGUCGGGAUUGGAUCUGAACGAAGGCUUAAAGAGGCUGUGGGAAAAGUUAGGAGCCAUGUGAUGGAACUGAUUCGAGAGAGGAAGAAGAUGAUGAUGAGAAAAAUGAACGAGGGGCGUGAAGAUCUCUUGUCACGUCUCAUAUGUCGAGGUUACGAAGAGGACAUGAUCAGAGACAUGCUGAUAAGUUUUAUGAUGGCGGGCAGAGAUACCACGUCGGCAGCUAUGACGUGGUUCUUCUGGUUACUUUCUCAGCAUCCAGAAGUGGAGGAGCAGGUUGUGGAAGAGACACAGCAAGUCAAUGUGGAGGAGGCAUUAGAGUAUGAAUCACUGGAGAAAUUGAAGUUUUUAAAGGCAUGUUUGUGUGAGUCAAUGAGGUUGUACCCACCCGUGGCCUGGGAUUCUAAGCAUGCCAUAGUCGAUGAUUUGUUGCCUGAUGGCACCGUGGUGAAGGCAGGAGAUAGAGUCACGUAUUUUCCUUAUGGGAUGGGGAGGAUGGAGGCAUUGUGGGGGGAGAACCGGCUGGAGUUUAGACCGGACCGUUGGUUCGUUGAGAGAGACAGCGUCGAAAGAACAAUGACAAAGGUGUCUCCUUUCAAAUUUCCUAUAUUCCACGCUGGUCCCAGAGUGUGUCUCGGGAAAGAGAUGGCUUUUAUACAGAUGAAGCAUGUGGUGGUUUCCAUUCUCCGGAGAUUCAGAAUCCAGCGGAUUAGGCCGGACAAGCCUUUAUUGGUGCCACUUCUGACGGCACAGAUGGCCGGCGGCCUCAGUGUAUUGAUUUGCAAGAGGGAGAAGGAAGCUGAUCGGUGACCACUU